AUGGGAGCAGGCGCCAGCUGCGACCAAGCCAGCCGCCGGGCCUACAAGCGAGACCUGUAUGCUGCCGCGGCCAAGAAGCUGCCGGAGCUGGCAGGAGAUGGCAAUGGACUCACUUCAGGACCUGAGCUUCAGGGAUGCGAGGGGGACGAGGAACGGCGCCGGCUGCUCCAAGACAUCCAGCAAGGACAAUGCCUUGCAGCCCUGGCGGCGGCCCCGGCGCGGCUGAGAGCGGACCGAGAUGUGGUUCUGGCAGCGGUUCAGGCGCACGGCUGGGCCCUGGGUUUUGCCACGGAGAAGUUGCAGCGCGACCAGGAGGUCGUCCUGGCGGCGGUCCAGGAGAGUGGCUUAGCGCUGCAGUUUGCGGGCCGGCUGCUGAAGCAGAACCGGGCUGUUGUCCUCGCAGCGGUGAGGGAGACCCCUCUAGCCUUGGAGUUCGCUGCGGAGGAGCUGAAGGGUGACUGGGAGGUGGUGCUGGCCGCGGUGAGGAGGAAUGGCAUGUGCCUCGAGUUUGCCUCCUCAGAGCUCCGGAAGAGCCGCAGGUUCAUACUGGAGGCCAUCCAGGCAACCCAGGCCUGGUGGCUCUUAAAGCUGGCAUCAGAGGAGCUGCAGGCAGACCUAGGCUUCGUGGAGGAGUGCAAGGAGGUGGCAGGGACGGGAAUCAUCUUCACCUUCUACGACAACUACGACUGCUCGGUCAUGAUGCGGAAGAGAUUCAAGACGGCGGGCGCCUCGGUCCCUGGGGGAAGCGCCUACGAGUUCGUAAUGGCGAGGCUGAACGAAACCGAACAUGGCAGCACGGCCACCGUUUGGUUCGGAGAUGAACUGGUCUUCGGGAACACCGCAGACGACAGCAGCUGGACCCAUCCUUGCAGCGACUGCGGCCGGGAUAGCGUCCCAGUUCCGGCAGUGAAAGACCGUGAUCAGAAAUGGCGAGCCCUCGUGGAAUCGCGUAGUGCCAGGCAGGAGCCGGAUGUUGGAGUCAGCUACAAGUGCUGGUGCUGCCAGUGGAUCAGAGAGGUGCGAAGGCGCCAUCUGGAAGGUGCCGUAAUCUGCUGCGCAGUCUCGAACAUCUACGAGGCAGACUGGUCCGACAAGUAUGGGGCGGGAUCUUCUGAACUGUCCGAUGCGGAUGCUGAUGCGCUCAAGCUGCCACAGGAAGCCUUCCGCAACGGCCGGCCUGAUUGCUGGGGCGAAGGUAUGAUCCGGAUCUCUCACGGCUGCGCCUUCAGGCGCAAAGCGCCCGUCCAUCCUGACACGCAGAAGCCGUUGGGGGUGGGAUGCCGCUGGGAGCGUCAGGUCCUGGACAACCUGGAGAUCCCAGUGUAUGCAUUCUUCAUGCCAUGA